AUGGCGGGUAAUUUGAAAAUGAUUGUGCGGAGGUGUUUGACGUUGACAGUACCGAUCUGUUUGAUCCUGUCGGUAGAAUUCGGCGCUGUACAGGCCGAACGAUGGUCGCGACAGGUUUCAAACAGCGAAUGGAUUCCCCUGGCAAAUCCUAGAGCAGCGCCAACUCAGGUCGAGCAAAAUGGCCCGGCUACGAGCCUCUUGGCAAGCGGAAAUUCGCAGUUGCCCCAACUUCCGCAGAUAUCUCUGCCACCGGCGCUUCAGCAACAGUAUCAGGACCAACUGUUGCAGCUGCAGAAGACUCAGGAGAACAUACAGAAAUUGUUGCUGCUGCAGCAACAACUGAGGGCUCAGCAGCAACUUUUACAGUCUCAGACGUUUCUGCCUAGCGGCUUCAGUAACGUGGACAAUGAGAAGCUGCUGCGUCAGAGUGGAUUAGGUAGUACGCAGACAGUGGCAGAUCUCGCGUCGGAGGAUCUUGUGCCGCCUCUGCCCGCCUCCGAAACGUUGCCGCCGGUGUAUCCGGCUCAGAACUUCCUCCCCCAGCGGCAUCGCGCUCCGUUGCCUCCGAAACAGGAGCCGAGCUUUUCUCAAGAGUUCCCGAACUUGUCCGGGCAGCCGGAAUUCAAAGGCGGCCAGCUGUUGCCACCGGGAGGACAACAGAGUGUCGGAAAUGUCGGACAGAUCGAUGAGGAACAGAGGCAGCAGGGCGCGAAACAUUUGAAGGAAACGGGUCAAGUAUCGUUGGUGCCUCAAAUUGAGGCUGGUCAGGACGACGAGGAGGAGGUGCAAUUAGUUUACGUGCCAGCGGAGACCCUAGCCCAGCGAGGUCAGCCAAAAAGAGGCCGUGGAAGGAAGCAAUACCCUCUGCGUCAACAGCAACAGCAACAGCCGCCCCAGCAACCGCAAGCACACCGUGACAACCAAGGGGUGGAGCCUGGCGUGCUCGCACCUCACGACCAGGACGCCUUCGCUCGUCAAAUUCUCCAGCAAAUCCAAAUGGAACGUGAGGAGAAAACUCAGUUCCUUAAAGAGGAGAGAAUGAAGGAGAUCGCCAGACUGAACGAGGAACAGCGAGUCCUGGAAAGGAAAGCUCGGCUUCAGCAAGAGGCACUUCAAAGGGAACAAGAGCUGCAACGUCAAAGAGAAGCGGAAAAGAAGAAGAAAGAAUUGGAGAAACUGGAAGAAUUAGCCAAGCAACGAGAAUUGGAGAGAAUUCGAGAGGCCAGGGAGAAGCAACGUUUGGAAGAGCUGGAAAGAAGAAGAUUAGCUGAGAUCAGGGCGAAAGAGGAGAAACGUCGAGCAGAAGAGGCAACCAGACAGAGAGAAGCAGAGAGAUUAGCUGCAUUGGAGAGACAGAAGGAAUUGGAGAUUCAACAAGCUUUGAAGCAACAACAGAUCUUGGAGAAGCAACGUGAAAACGAGGCUAGGCUAGCUGCAGCAGAGAGACCUGAUAAUCGUGACGUUCACACUCAGUCUCUUCCAUUAAUCAGAGACCAACAGCAACAGUUUCAUCGUCAACAGUUCUCAGAAGGAUCCAAGCCACCGAAAAGUAAGAUUAGAGGAAGACACAGGCAGAGAAAUCAAUAUCAGGAGCAGCAGAAUUAUAGAGAACCAACCACAACUCCGUCCCCUAAUCAACCUCCGUUAUCAGUCUACAUGGGGAGUUCCAGUUCGAAGACGAACAACGUCAGAGUGUCUGACGUGUUGAAAAUACUGAAAGAUGCAAAGACUAUAGCUGUUCUUGACACAGUAGGUCCAGACACACCUCAGGUAUUCGUAGGACCGACCAGCCUGGAACCACCAAAUGGAUAUGCCAAGUUUGACCUACCUUAUCUCUCUUCCAUCGAUCACAACAGGGUAGAGAGGAAAGUGGACAAGUUACCAUUCUUCGUAGCACCGCUAAGCUUCGAUCCUCCACCAGGUUACUCGAAAAUCCCCUUCCCAUCGCCUCACAUAGGAUCAGUAGUAGUCAAUACUAUAGACAAUACUGAUCCAAAGGAGAGUGACGAUCACAAUCCUAGUCCAACUCCAUUGAUAGAGCCUAAUUCGUACUUGGAGAGCCUCGGUGGAGGACCUGAGUCUACCACACCGUUGUACGAACCUCAGACAACUAUCAGCUAUGCUCCAGAGUUAUCAAGUACUCCGAAAUACGAACAAUCGUACACAGUUACACCGUCGCCUGGAUAUUCCGGCUCUAGGUUCAGAUUCAGACAGUUCUACGGUGACAAUAAACCAGCCUCUGUUGUCGGUACCUCCUAUUACGACGAUCAAAAGCCUUCGACGAGGAGGCACAAGUAUUACGACGAGAACGUGAGAACCACCGAUAUUCCUAUGCAGAAUCCGAAGGUUGAAACUUCGGUCAGUCACGUAGAGGAGAUUUCUUAUUCGACUACGCCCACUUACAAAGAAGAGACUAUCAGCUCUCAGGAUCCCUCCGGUCAGUUGGCUCUGAUUAAUCAAGAGCUGGCUCAGCAAAGGGAGGCACAGAGGUACAAUACCGGCGGGCAGGAAUACGGUGAACAAGGCUCUCAGCUCUCGACUGGUCUCGGUGGCAGUUUCGAGGCUGUGAUCACUGGCGGCGAGGUUAACGAGGUUAGAGCACCCGUUGGACCCACCCAGUACAGUUUGCCGGCGGAACUGCCGGCUAUUUCGCCGCAUCUGCCUGGCUUAGUGAACUCUCUGUUGGACAAGAACGAGGCGAAAUUGCAGGCCAGCACGACCAGCACUACGACGAGUACCACGACUACUACGACCACGACCACGCAACGUACACCGACUACUACCUACAGGCCACGCAGUAGACAGAGAAACAGGGUUGUUUCAACGAGGCCAAGGACAACGACUCAAACUCCGUCCACUAGAGCAAACGUGGAUAGAAGUCGAAGACCGUACAACAGAUCUAGGUCCAGAUUCACCACCACCACAGAGGAGUAUCGCGAAUCCGCUUACGAGCCAACUAAAUCCAGGAUCCCUGAAACUACGUUGAGAUACAAUGCGGAGCACAGGAGGCCGAUCAGUAGAACGCAGAAGUACAGGAGCCGAGAUAAGACCAGUCAGCAGACUGAGGUCCCAGGGCACUCUCAGAACGCGCAGACACAGCAAUCGUCGUACGACACGGUGUCCCAUGGGGACUCCUCGCCUACGUCGAACGGUUACCUGCAGCCGAGCGGGCCAGAAUCGAGCAGCCUUCGUCAGUUGGAUUCCUCGUCGAGUUUGAACGACUAUUCCCCAGAGAACUACCCGUCGACGACUGUCAGCACUACCGAAAACUAUCCACCUCUACGCGACGUGACCGUGAAUCAAGGAUCUACACUGAUAUCGGACGAUUAUUCAAGAAGUCAGACCUAUCCGCAGAAUCUUCCGGAAGAUCCACGUUAUCGAUCCAACUACGACCAAGCUGCUCUGGAAGAAGCUGGCCUGGAGAAGAGUCCUGUGAACGGGUUCAAUUAUCAGGCACAAAAUGGCGAACUGUUGGACCAGGAGAUUCUUCAGAGAUCGAAAGACUAUCAGCUGGAUGGCAAGGCUGAGAACAGCGAUUACGAACUAGCAACCACCGCUGAUCCAAGGCUAAGGACGCAGGAGGAUCAACGUUACUCGUCGAUCUACGAGGUGAACGUUCCACAGACGCAGCCAGAGUACAGUUUGACCGGACAGGAUACUCUGCAUCGUUCGGAGAGCGAGAAGAUCCAGACUGGAGUGGCUGAAGGUGAUCCUAACGAGCAACCGAUAUUUAUUCCUCUGCCGGAGAACAAGCAGGAGGAUUACGAGCUUCCGGUUUCUUCAACGGAGGCUCCGUUGUCUGAGAUAACAACAGAGACAACUACAACCAGUACAACGCCCGUGGUAAUUCGACAGCGAAUUCGAGGACGUGUGGGAACACGUGUGCACCAUGAACCGUCUGUUCAAACAAGAAACAGAGGUUCACAGGACGAGUAUGUUCGUUUCAACGUGGUGAAUCAAGAUUCUACACGAACCACUCCAAGUCGUCAGAGAGUUAGGUCAAGGGCUCGUCCGCAGAAUCAUGGAUCGCAAGUUCAGACCGACGGAAAUGAGUACAUAAAUAUUCAUGCUGUUCAACAACAGAGACCAAUCGUCACGACGACGCCAGCACCGACUACAACAACUACCACUGUGCGUCCGACGGAAGAGGAUCUUGAUUAUGGUUUCAUAAGGGCACCGAACUUCAGACCCGUACACCCGGUGGAUAACAGGUAUCCGGCACCUGUUACCUACCGGCCACAACUUCUGGAAGUGCCGCAACAAUCACUGCUACCAAACGACGAGACCGCAGUAGAACCGAGUCCUCCACAGACGCAACUACUGAAGAACCGUCAGAAGUACCAAGCGACGCCCAAUCGUCGCCUAUCGCUCAAACCAACCACUCUGCCACCUUCCACAACCACAACACCAGAACCGACUACCACGACAACAGAAAGAAUACCUGUUGCCACAGUGUUGCCCGAGGACACGAUCUACACGGUGAAACCGAAGUCACGACCAGACGAGCCGAAACAACCAACGAGAGUAAGAAGUAGAAUUCGUCGACCUGGAAGAAAACGCGUGUCAACCACAACUAGUACCGAAUCAGCGUUAGAAGCGCACAACGAGUUACCGUUAGACGAGAAUUAUCCGCGUGUACGUCCUCAACCAGUGACCACCGAGCAACAACAGACGCUGUACGAUGAUAAUUACGAUAGUAGCAGCGGGGGAUUCCCCGCAGCUGGUCGUAAUCCAUCGGAGAAUCAGUUCUACGGAACCUCCAGCGAGAACUAUCCUGCCGAGUUCGUUCUGAACUUCGGCAACUACCCCGGCCAGACAGUUCCACGCGAGGAGUACGAUCAAACACAGCUGGCCAGCAGCGCGUCGAGGAAGUACACGCAGGCAUCGAGAGCGAGGCCUUUAUCGGAAGACGCUCACUCGACGACGGCGGACAUUUACGGCGCCGAGAGUCAAUGGUCGACGAAAUUGACGAGGACCUCGUUCCAGCCGAGUUUCGCGGUGAACCAAGUGUCGGGGGAGUCGUCGAAGGAGCAGCAUCAGUGGUUUCACGAGUCGUUGAAAGAGGGGAAUCCGCCGGAAAUAAUCACGGCCGCGCCGGAGAUAUCGUCUGUCACGUUGCUGGUCUCUUCUGACGACAAGAAAACGGAGAAAAAGAAGGUGGAGGAGGAGGAGGAGGAGGAGGACGAGUCGGUGUUGAUGGGUACGACGAUGUUCGGUAGGAAAACGAAUGCACAGGAUCACACGGAGAAGAUGAACGGUGGUGGAGUGACGACGACUGAAGGAGCUCCAUUGGCCACCAUAGAGAGGAACGGAAGCGUGGCGGAGAAUAGACAUGACGGGGAUUCCUGGCUGAUGGACAGGUCUGGAAAUGCUACGGAACAGCGGAAUAUCGAUUUGGAGAAGAUCGCGAAGAAAAAUGACGGUCCACCGGCGGCUGGUAAGAAGACUGGUCGAAGGAGAAGAGUCCGCGUUAGAGUCAGACCAGCAGUAGACGACUUCGUCACAGCCGAGUCUCAACACUUCAAUUCCGCUCUGAACGGUCUGUUUCGAGAUCAGUACAAGUACAAUCCCGUCCGCGAGUCGAAACUUCCAGCUGCAGCCUCUAGUCUGCCAGGGAAAUCGGUGCUGCAAGAUUUUCUAGCCGAAAUUCUGAAAAACGAGGAAUCAUCCUCGAGAACGACGACUACCGAGGUACCGGAAGUAGCAUGGACGAUGUCUCCAGCCAUGACCACUCCCAUGACAAUCCCCGAAGACCUAGAGGAGACCACAGAAAAUCAAUCCACCACGAUUCCAACCACAGACAAACCAGAAGAGACGACCACCGCUAGGUCCCCUUUGGAAGACUUCUUCUCGAGAUUAACGCAAGACUCUUCGCGCGAACCGACGAGAACGAAGGAAGAGACGAAAAACGAGAAGAAGACGAACGACGAGAAACCGUGGGAACUGGCGAAGAAAUGGAACCAGAACGGAAUUCAGAACACCUUGAACUUCGGAUCGAUCGCCGAGAAAUACACGAUUCAGGAGAACCGUAUUAAUAAAUUAAACGUUGACAUGGAGGCGUCGCGAGGAGGCAAUCAGGAGGAGAAAUUGAAGCUCUCCGGGAAGCAAUCGAAGGUAACAGAGGAUGAAAUCGACGAAGAAACACCGUCGGAGUAUCUCGAGGGUGAAAAAGGAUCGAAAGACGCGGAGGGCUAUCCGAAGAACCACAGAGCGAAAUGGAGCGAAGUGAGAUAUCCGUCGUCCUUCGAUCAUUCUCAAUCCUCUCCGUGGAAGUCUGAUCCGAAGACUGACGCGAAAUCCAGCGGCACGUCGAUUCCAGGUUUGAUAACGAAAAACGAAGGAGACACCAGUGUUAAAACACUCUCGGACUACGUCCAGGCAAUUUUCGACACGAUGAAGAGCGCCGAAGAGGAAACGACAACCGUGAACACGGAAAGUCCCGAAGAAAUCAGCACAACUGUUCAACCACCGUUGCCGGACGGAGAGUUCUCCAUUCAAGAUGGUUCGGGACAAGAGAAGACGACCGUAAAGGACGUAGAAGUGAAGACAACCACUCCGAUGACCUUGGAAGAGGCACAGACAACGAUGAACAUAGACGAGGUGACACAAACGACCGAGUCGACGAAUGAUAUCGAUUUGGAGAACGCGACGACCUUGGACAGAGGCAACUUGGCCUCGGAUAGCUCGACGAGUUCGUCGACCGAGUAUUUCGUUACCGAUUCACCGACCACGACAACCACGAAGACCAGCAGCACAACUGCCACGAGCAAUUCCACGGAAUCGAUACUCGGCAAAGUUCUACGCACAUCGACGACCACCAGAGUCUCUCACAUGACGGAGAUUUGUUAUCGAGGUCGAUGCGUGAUGACGAGGCCCAGUAGAGAUGAUCGUUCGAGAUGA